UUGUCCAGCGCAGAAGACACACACGCGCACACAACGCAUUCCUCUGCGCCUGUCAGUGCGCACUGUGCGCUUUGGAGACCACAGCCUGCUGGUUGUCCAGGGUCAGGAGGAAUAAUGGCAAAGGUUCUGCCGAACAUCAGGUCCAAUCCACUCCAAUCGACACGUGGACAAAGAAUGAUAUUCACAGGUCCUGACGGAAUUGGGGAUUAUCGGACAAAGCAGUAUGACUUCAAGGGAUUCAUAGGAAUUGGUCCGAAAUCCCCCGAAAGCACUGGAGACCUUGACUACCUGUUCCGCGCUGCACCUGGUACCCCGCCACAGCUACCGAAGGACCACUAUGUCGGCGGAGUGGGCUGGGGUGUGCAGUACUGUGGUGCUAUAAACGCCAACGCUCUGCACAGUGCGCACCGAUUUAAGCGAGGGGAAUUUAGGACAGCAUUGGAGGACAGAAUUACUCACAAAUACCAGAAUCCAUGGUUUGUGCCACCUCUCUACCUGGACAGGCAGGACGCAGGCGCCCGAGGACGCCUGGCUUGGACCAACAGCCUCUACGAGGACUACUGCAAGCAGGAGAACCGGGACUUCCUGCUGAAUAAAAGGAGACGCUACAUCCAGAGGAAGGAGAUGAGUUCAUCUCGGCCCAACAGUACGCUCCCACAGAUCCGCAUCAGUAGAUAGGGAGAGAAAACGCCAUGUGGUCCGCACUCACAAUGAAGGCCAAUGUGUAGGAAUCAAACAAUCAGCUUAAUAAACAUCCCCUUGUGUGUUUAAG